AAACUAUAUUGUUAAAAGUGAAUUAUUAUUUUUUUUGGGGGGGGAGGUAUGCUGUUGUCCCAGUGAGUUGGCCAAAUUGCUUUCGUCUUUUGGCACUCUUCCUUCUCAUUCAAACAACCAAUUGCGCCCUUUCUAACAAUAUUACUUAUAAUCCUCUCUGUCUCACACACAUAAUGGCAGUCAAGCGGAAACUCGACAGCGACGACGAGUGCGAACUCGACGACGAACCAUGUCCGAUGCAGACCAUAAAAACAAAAGCAGUUAACACUGGCAGACAGAUUGACGUGGCCAGCAAAACGCAGAUGCUACUGCUCUUUGGGCAGCAGCUUCAGUCAAAGCAAGCAAAGGCGAACAGACAGCAAGCGCAAGAGCAAUUGACACAGCAGAGUGUCAACUGCUCGCAGUGCUCAAGGACUUACAGCAAAGCCGACAUUAAAAUGUGCAUUCACUGUGCCAAAUACCAGUGCGCCGGGUGCACGGAACAAUGCUACUACUGCGGAAACCCGUUUUGCACAAAAUGCUCCAUAUACGACUACUCAGAGUAUGAGACGCGCUCAGUGUGCUUCGACUGCAGCAAUUGAGCGCUCGAUAGGGGCGAGCGUUUAUUUUUUUACCAUUUUCCGGCGUGUAUUUUAUCUCUUCGCCUCCGUCCAUGACCAUCUCCGUUUAUCCAUUUCAUUUGCAUUAAAGCUCACA